UGGAGGUGAUGUAAGUACAAGAAGAGACAAGAGUCGGCCGAACCGCGCUUCGCGUUGCCUUCCCCCCAUCACUCGCCAUUUUAGCUUGCCGAGAGAGGGAGCGCGCGAGAGAGAGAUAGGUGGGGGAAGAUCGAAGCAUUUUGGGUUCGUCGAAGCUCUAGAUCUGGUUUGCUUUUGAUCCGUUGGUUGUUGCCGGCGGUCGUGGUGGAUUGGAGGAGAUCUUUCCAUGGCUCAGCUGCAGGCUAUUGGGGCUCCGAAGAUUUCGGUUCAUGGAUCGAGGAUUUGUGGGACACCCACCUACCGGGAUAACUUGUGCUGCUUUAAGCAGUCCAACUUCCACCAAGAGGUGGGUGCAAGGUCAAGUGGGUUCUGUAGUAAUGUGAUCAUUCACCAGAAUUCACAAAAAACAUGUGUUUAUCGGAACCAAGUGGUUACUCAAAAGAAGAGCAAACAGAUUGGGAAACUACUUUCUGCAUCAGAAAAAAGAAGCUUUUUACAUGUCCGCCGUCAACUUAAUAGAAAUACCACUAUUCAGUGUGUACUGGCUGGUGAAAAAGGGGCAGAUACCAUGCUUUCAGGAAAAACUGACAUCCAUGGCAGUCAUAAUGGAUGCGGGUUGCGUGGGAAGUUGAAUAAAGUGGUUUUAGCUUACAGCGGUGGCUUGGAUACAUCAGUUAUUGUCCCUUGGCUAAGAGAGAACUACGGAUGUGAAGUUGUGUGCUUCACUGCAGAUGUUGGUCAAGGUGUCAUGGAAAUGGAUGGUUUGGAAAGGAAAGCCAAAGCCAGUGGUGCAAGUCAACUUGUUGUAAAAGAUCUCAAAGAGGAAUUCGUUAGAGAUUACAUAUUCCCCUGUUUGAGAGCUGGGGCUGUAUAUGAAAGGAAGUAUUUGCUUGGGACCUCAAUGGCUCGCCCUGUUAUUGCUAAGGCAAUGGUAGAUGUUGCAAAAGAAGUUGGUGCAGAUGCAGUCUCACAUGGAUGCACAGGAAAAGGAAAUGAUCAGGUUCGAUUUGAACUUACCUUCUUUGCUCUGAAUCCUGAACUCAAAGUUGUGGCACCAUGGAGGGAAUGGGAGAUCACAGGUCGAGAAGAUGCUAUCGAGUAUGCCAAGAAGCACAAUGUUUCUGUUCCUGUUUCAAGGAAAUCAAUUUACAGCAGAGACCGUAAUCUAUGGCACCUUAGCCAUGAGGGAGACAUUCUGGAGGACCCUGCAAAUGAGCCAAAGAAGGAUAUGUACAUGAUGUCAGUUGACCCAGAAGAUGCACCUAAUCAACCUGAAUAUGUGGAGAUUGGGAUCAAUUCAGGCAUACCUGUUUCCCUCAAUGGAAAAGAGCUCUCUCCUGCAUCCCUCCUCACAGAGCUUAACGAUAUUGGUGGCAAGCAUGGGAUUGGACGUGUGGACAUGGUCGAGAACCGGCUGGUUGGCAUGAAGUCCCGUGGCGUGUAUGAGACGCCUGGCGGCACCAUCCUUUGGACAGCAGCCCGUGAACUCGAGUCCUUGACGCUCGACCGGGAGACCAUGCAGGUGAAGGACAUGCUCGCCCUCAAGUAUGCCGAGCUGGUGUACGCUGGCCGCUGGUUCGAUUCCCUCCGCCAGUCGAUGGAUGCCUUCAUGGAGAAGAUCACAGAGACCAUGACCGGGUCAGUGACUCUAAAGCUCUACAAGGGGUCGAUCAGCGUUGCAUCAAGGAAGAGCCCAUAUAGCUUGUAUAGAGAAGACAUCUCAUCGUUCGAAAAUGGUCUGAUCUACAACCAGGCUGAUGCUGCUGGCUUCAUCCGGCUAUAUGGGCUUCCUACCAGAGUCCGGGCGAUGCUUGAGAGGGGCAUCUGAGAGUUUCAUCUUCUCCUGGCUGUGAGAAUUAGGUAGUGCAAGCAUAGCAGAUCUUGUAGGCCUUGUCAUAAGGUUCUCCUUCGUGUGCCACACAUCAUAUCUAGGUACAGGUAUUCUGAAGGUUGUAUGAUACUGUGCACCCUCUCAUGGUAUCAUUAGAUAAGAUUGUCAGGUUUUGUGGGUCGGUUGGUAUCAAUAUGCAAGGGAUGUGGGAAAUGGAUGCCGCAACAAGUGAUAUGGAUGUGAUGGAAAGGUAGUGAUUGCCUUUUUUUUAAUUUUUGGUAAGAGGGUGGCGAGUGCCUCUAUUGUUCAUGUGGAGCCCUUUUUUGGUGCAGGUAGGAGCUGUUUUUGUGGAACCCUCUUUUGGGGCAGGUUGAGCUGUUUUCGUGGUCCUAUUAUUAUGAAAUGUCAGGAUGUUGAUUGAUCUCCGACACCUCUGCUGCUGUUGGCAUUUUUUUUUUUAAUUUUGGGUGUGCUGAGGAUUGCAACAUUCCUUUCGUAAAAGAAAGAUGCUUAAGGCUGCAUCUUUUUUGGUUAU